GUCGUCUUUGGAUACGAAGGGCGAACCCCUCCCAAUGGAAAUCACACUGUCAAAUGAGGAGAGCACAAGCGAACUAGGUAGCCAAAUGAAUACAGAUAUGAUGGAGGAUAAGAACAGCAUUGCACCACUUGGUGUAAUUUCCCCAAGUACCGGACAAAACGUGAGUAAGGGAAAUAACAUAAAGGGAGAGAAACAUACUGAAGAGUUAACAGUCCCGAGCUUAUCUAGAUCGUCACAUCCACCUCCAGGAAGUGAAGACUCGUUCAAGAUUGAAAAUUUAAAACGCAAAAUCGCAAAGUCUGAAGUUGGAAUUGCAAUAUGGCAAGAUAUGAAUCGAUAUAUCUGUAACGGUUACGGUCCACGACUCGGGAACCUCAUGUUCCUAUACGCUACCUGUUAUGGUGUCGCGUACGAUUUUAAUAUGACUCUCGCCCUCAAUAACGGAGAAUACAUAUACGGUCCCUUUGAAGGAAUACCUAAACCAAAAAAACAGAAAUCGCAAUACUGUCGAGGCGGGCAAAAAUCUUUUAACGAAGCCAAGCCAAGAUAUUACAAAAGAUUUGAUAUUAAAAGGACAGAUAAAUAUGUGAGGUUAAACGGAUAUUUACAGUCUUGGAAGUAUUUUGCGAAUUCAUUUGAUGAUAUAAAACAUCAAUUUACAUGGAAAAAGAACAUUCGGGAAGCUGUGGAUAAGAUCAUUGCUCAGUUGGUGAAAACUAGUUACCCUACCGACGAUUUUAAAUCUGUGACUACUGUGGGAAUACAUAUAAGGAGAGGGGAUUAUGUCUCUGAACACCGCCCAAUGGCGGAUAAACCAUAUAUAGAAAGCGCUAAACAGUAUUUCUUGAGCCGUUAUUCUAAAGUUUUAUUUAUCGUAGCAACAAACCCCGUAACGGAAGCUAGGAUCUGGUGCACGGAAAACAUAAUUAACGGUACGGGGAAGUCAGUGUUUUCCGGAAAGAAUAAUGACCGCUACGUUGACAUGGCGCUGUUAUCUAUGACAAAUCACGUGAUCAUUUCCACCGGGACUUACGGGUGGUGGGCAGGUUUUCUCAGUAAAGGAACUGUAAUACAUUACGACUGGAUUCCACCGAACCACUAUAAAUUCAACAGGGAGGAUUAUGUCCUACCAUACUGGGUUGGAAUCAAAGCCACUAAAAUUGAUUGGAGCAACUCCCAAUUUAGGACUCUCAAACCACCACUAGUUCAACCCAAUAAUGGAUAGGUAAAUCAUGUUAUUUCGUCGAUUCAGCUACCUUUACCAAUUAGACCAUGAGGUCCUUAAAGCAUGGUGCUUCCGAGGAUAUACAAAAAAAACUUUUGCUACUAUGAGGGACUCUUGUUUCAAUGGUAAAGCUGUCAGCUGAUUUUUGUGUGAGUUACUUUAAUGGACGUAUAGAGCGAAGAGACUAAUCAUCCGCUAAUGUUGUUAAAAUCAUCGCUUAGAUUCGUUCACAAGAGAAAUUUUCGCCAAUUCUUUACAGAGACAAUUCAAUCCAGAAAUAUACGUCCGGGUUCAUCACGUGAACUUGAUAUUUUGGGAAAGGCUACCACGAUCUCGUCCGCAUGCAGCCGUCGUCAGUCUUCUCGUGGUCGGCGAUCUUAAGGAUAAGAAUGAAAUUUUAAUCAGAGAGGUGAAAGGUCAAGAUUCUCGUAUUAAAUUUACUUUGUGAAUAUAUUUUAUUAAAACUUUUUGAGUACUAGUAUAAUUUCAAGUGUAAUUGGUGGAUAAACAAGAACAACAUGAAAAAACAAUAUUGUGUUUACAUAAUACUAAAUAAACUGGAUACAGGCCUGUCUUCCUCAGUUCUAAUGGCUUUUUGAUAGACAGGUCUGAAGUAUGAUAUUCGUAUGGGAUGAUAUGUUUGUCGUGAAACACUUAGAGUUGGACUAAAUAUGUCCACAAUCUAGACAGAACUUGAAUCUUACUGAUUAUUUAAGGAGUCGUCUAGUGAAUUACAGGUUUUACAUAGUGUUUGCAUUAUGAAGAUGCAUUUAAUCUACCUUUCGUUAUUUCGGGGCGAUGUUCACAAAAUCUAAGCUUAUUGGAUAAGACUUCUCAGAUUAAAAUCGGACAGAUGAAUGUAUAUUAGUACUUCUCUUCUGUAGUAUUCUUCAAUAGGCUGGUAUAAAAUUAGUUUACUAUUCUCAUUCAAAGAUUUAGCUUGUGGUUAUGAUUAUUCUCGACAAUAUCUUUUUUAUUUCGUUUAACCCCAUUACAGUUACUAAUAGAAGAAAUAAUUGAUUCUAAAUUCUGGACAUCAAAUAUUUCUGAUGCAUUGUUAACAAAUGUACAUGUAUACCAAGUGUAAACCACAUUUUUGUGCGAAUCUUUGUUAAAGGUUUAUCUAAACAGCAAA